UGACGUAAGCAUAUCAGAGGGGGAGGUAUAAGCUCACAGCAUCCAGAGAAAUCAUCAUGAAGUUAUAUGUAUUUCUGGUCAACACUGGAACUACUCUAACAUUUGACACCGAACUUACAGUGCAAACUGUGGCAGAUCUGAAGCAUUCCAUUCAAAGCAAAUACAAGAUUGCUAUUCAGCACCAGGUGCUGGUGGUCAAUGGAGGAGAAUGCAUGGCUGCAGAUCGAAGAGUAUGCACCUACAGUGCUGGGACGGACACAAAUCCAAUUUUUCUUUUUAACAAAGAAAUGAUCUUAUGUGAUCGCCCACCUGCUAUGCCUAAAACUACAUUUUCAACAGAAAAUGACAUGGAAAUAAAAGUUGAAGCAUCUCUUAUGAUGCCUGCAGUUUUUCACACUGUCGCUUCAAGGACACAACUUGCAGUGGAAAUGUAUGAAGUUGCCAAGAAACUUUGUUCUUUUUGUGAAGGUCUUGUCCAUGAUGAACAUCUUCAGCACCAAGGCUGGGCUGCAAUCAUGGCCAAUCUGGAGGACUGUUCAAAUUCAUACCAAAAGCUACUUUUCAAGUUUGAAAGUAUUUAUUCAAAUUAUCUGCAAUCCAUAGAAGACAUCAAGUUCAAACUUACUCAUUUAGGAACUGCAGUUUCUGUAAUGGCCAAGAUUCCACUGUUGGAGUGUCUAACCAGACAUAGUUGCAGGGAAUGUUUGGGGAGACUGGAUUCUUUACCUGAACAUGAAGCAGAUAAGGCUGAGACGAAAAGAUCCACUGAACUGGUGCUCUCUCCUGAUAUGCCUACAAAAACUAACAAAUCCUUGUUAACCUCAUUUCACAAGUCAGUGGAACAUGUAGCCCCAGAUGCUACAGAUGCUGAAAGUAGAAAAGAAGUUAGGGAGUCUUGUCAGAGUACUGUCCAGCACGAUGAGACUUCAGCAGAUGCUAAGGACGAUGAUCUGCCCUUUUUCAAUGUUUCUUUGUUAGACUGGAUAAAUGUUCAAGAUAGACCUAAUGACGUGGAAUCUUUGGUUAGAAAGUGCUUUGAUUCUAUGAGCAGGCUUGGCCCACGGAUUAUUCGACCAUUUAUAGCAGAAUGCCGUCAAACUAUUGCCAAACUUGAUAAUCAGAAUAUGAAAGCCAUUAAAGGGCUUGAAGAUCGCCUGUACGCCCUGGACCAGAUGAUAGCUAGCUGUGGCCGGCUGGUGAAUGAACAGAAAGAGCUCGCUCAGGGAUUUGUAGCUAAUCAGAUGAGAGCUGAAAACUUGAAGGAUGCGUCUGUAUUACCUGAUUUGUGCCUGAGUCAUGCAAAUCAGUUGAUGAUUAUGUUGCAAAAUCAUAGAAAAUUGUUGGAUAUUAAACUGAAGUGUACCACUGCCAAACAAGAGCUAGCUAAUAAUCUACAUGUCAGACUGAAGUGGUGUUGCUUUGUAAUGCUUCAUGCUGAUCAAGAUGGAGAGAAAUUGCAAGCUUUGCUCCGCCUCGUUAUAGAGCUUAGAGUCAAAAUUGUUGAAGCUCUUAGUACAGUUCCUCAGAUGUACUGCUUAGCUGUUGUUGAGGUUGUAAGGAGAAAAAUGUUCAUAAAACACUACAGGGAGUGGGCUGGUGCUUUAGUCAAAGAUGGAAAACAAUUAUAUGAAGGAGAAAAGUCAAAAAGGGAAUCCUUUGGGAAAUUAAUUAGGAAAUCAUUUUUAAGAAAUCGUCUGUUUAGGGGACUGGACUCCUGGCCCCCUUCCUUUUGUACUCAGAAGCCUCGAAAGUUUGACUGUGAGCUUCCAGAUAUUUCAUUAAAAGAUUUACAGUUUCUGCAAUCAUUUUGUCCUUCAGAAGUUCAGCCAUUCCUUAGGUGUCCUUUACUUUGUGACUUCGAACCUCUACACCAGCAUGUACUCGCUUUACAUAAUUUGGUAAAAGCAGCACAAAGUUUGGAUGAAAUGUCACAGACCAUUACAGAUCUACUGAGUGAACAAAAGGCAUCCCCACAGUCUGCUUCUUCACCAAGGGCAGAAAGUGCAACAGAAAUUACAACUACUACCUCACCAAGAAUUCCUCCUCCACUCACCAUUCAGGAUCCCUUAUGUCCUGCAGUAUGUCCCUUAGAAGAAUUAUCUCCAGAUAGCAUUGAUGCACAUACAUUUGAUUUUGAAACUAUCCCCCAUCCAAACAUAGAACAAACUAUUCACCAAGUUUCUUUAGACUUGGAUUCAUUAGCAGAAAGUCCUGAAUCAGAUUUUAUGUCUGCUGUGAAUGAGUUUGUUAUAGAAGAAAAUUUAUCAUCUCCUAAUCAUAUAAGUGAUCCACAAAGUCCAGAAAUGAUGGUGGAAUCACUUUACUCAUCAGUUAUCAAUGCAAUAGACAGUAGACACAUGCAGGAUUCAAAUAUAUGUGGUAAAGAGGAUUUUGGAGAUCAUGCUUCUUUGAAUGUCCAGUUGGAAAAAUGUAGAGUUGUUGCCCAAGACUCUCACUUCAGCAUAAAAACCAUCAAGGAAGACCAUUGCCACUUGAGGACAUUUGUGCAAAAAGAAAAGUGUGACUUCUCAAAUUCUUUAAAAUGUGCAGCAGUAGAAAUAAGAAACAUUAUUGAAAAAGUAAAAUGUUCUCUGGAAAUAACACUAAAAGAAAAACAUCAAAAAGAACUACAGUGUCUAAGAAAUGAAUAUGAAAGUAAACCUGGUGCACCGAUAAAGGAGAGUGAAGAAAAUGAAAACAAAAUUAAAAAAUUGAAAGGGGACUUAGUAUGCCUUGAGGAGGUUUUACAAAAUAAAGAUAAUGAAUUUGCUUUGGUUAAACAUGAGAAAGAAGCUGUCAUCUGUCUGCAGAAUGAAAAGGAUCAGAAGUUGUUAGAGAUGGAAAAUAUAAUGCACACUCAAAAUUGUGAAAUUAAAGAAUUGAAGCAGUCACGAGAGUUGGUGUUAGAAGACUUAAAAAAGCUCCAUGUUGAAAAUGAUGAGAAGAUGGAGUUAUUGAGGGCAGAACUUCAGUGCUUAGAGCAAAGUCAUCUAAAGGAAUUAGAGGACAUGUUGCACGUCAGGCAUAACCAGGAGUUUGAGAAAGUUAUGACAGACCACAAAGUUUCUUUGGAGAAAUUAAAAAAGGAAAAUCAACAAAGAAUUGAUCAAAUACAGGAAUCUCAUGCCACAAUUAUCAGUGAAAAAGAACAACAGCUACAGGAAUUAAAACUCAAGUUUUCUGAUUUGUCCGACAUGAGAUGCAAGUUAGAGGUUGAACUUGCAUUGAAGGAAGCAGAAACUGAUGAAAUAAAAAUUUUGCUAGAAGAAAGCAGAGCCCAGCAUAAUGAGACCUUGACAUCUCUCAUUGAACAGGAGACAGAAAAUUUGAGAAUAGAAAUAAGUAAACUAAACCAAAUUCAGGAUAACAAUGAAAACUAUCAAGUGGGUUUGGCAGAGCUAGGAAUUUUAAUGACAAUUGAAAAGGAUCAGUGCAUUUCAGAGUUAAUUAGUAGGCAUGAAGAAGAAUCUAACAAGCUUAAAGCUGAGUUAAACAAAGUGACAUCUUUACAUUACCAAGCAUUUGAAAUAGAAAAAAACCUAAAAGAGCAAGUAGUUGAACUGCAGAGUAAAGUGGAAUCAGAAUUAAGUGCUCUUGAGAAACAAAAAGAUGAAAAAAUCACUCAACAAGAAGAGAAAUAUGAAGAUAUUAUCCAGAACCUUGAGAAAGACAAAGAGAAAUUGGUCAUGAGCCUCGAACAAGACAGAAAACAGUUAAUUCAGAAGCUUAAUUGUGAAAAGGGUGAAGCUAUUCAGACUGCCCUGAAAGAAUUUAAACUGGAGAGAGAAGUUGUUGAGAAAGAAUUAUUAGAAAAAGUUAAACAUCUUGAGAAUCAAAUAGCAAAAUGGUUAAAUAUAUGCUUUUCGAGCUAGAAGAGGAAGAAAUUGG